AACCAAGAGCCGAGGGAAGCAAAGUCGAUCUGGUGUACUGAAAGAAGCUAACAAUGUCAAGUGAACUACUCAGACAAUAUCUUUUUCCCCUUUCAAUACCAUUUACCUUCUUCAUCUUACUGCUCUUCAAAUGGUUGCUUCCACCUCCCACCAACCAAAAACACCACCACCCACCACCUUCACCACCAAAGCUUCCCAUCCUUGGAAACCUUUACCAGAUCGGCUCGCACCCUCACUCCUCCCUUGCAAACUUGUCCCAAAAACAUGGCCCUCUCAUGCUCCUCCGACUCGGCCGCGUGCCGGUGCUUGUCGUCUCGUCGGCGGAUGCCGCCCGCGAGAUCAUGAAGACCCACGACCUUGUCUUCUCCGACCGGCCGAAGUUGAAAAUCUUCAGAAAGCUUCUGUAUGACUACAAGGACGUGUCGAUGGCGCCGUACGGCGAGUACUGGAGGCAGAUGAAGAGCGUGUUCUUGUUGCACCUCCUGAGCAACAAGAGGGUCCAGUCGUUUCGCCCGGUCCGGGAGGAAGAGGUGGCCAACCUGAUCGCCGACAUCGAGGGCUCGCUUUCUUCUGCGUCGCCGACUACCGUGAAUUUGGGCGAGAGGUUCGCGGCGCUGACGAAUGACGUGGUGUGUAGAGUGGCUUUGGGGAGGAAGUAUGGGGGGAAGAGGUUCAAGGAGAUACUGAUGGAGUUCGUGGAGUUGCUGGGAGCUGUCAGCUUUGGGGAUUAUAUUCCAUGGCUUGCUUGGGUGGAUCGAGUGAGCGGCUUGGAUAAGCGGAUGGACAAGGUGGCUAAAGAGCUUGAUGGUUUCUUGGAUGAAGUUGUGCAAGAGCAUGUUGAGAAGAGGAUGAAAUGUGAUGGUGGAGUUGACGUCCAAGAAGGCAAAGAAGAUUUUGUGGACAUCUUGCUUUCUAUCCAAAAGGAGAGUUCCGUCGGUUUUUCCAUUGAUAAAGUCAGCAUCAAAGCUCUUAUCUUGGAUGCAUUUGCAGCGGGAACAGACACUACGUACACUGUCCUAGAGUGGGCGAUGACCGAGCUUCUGAGGCAUCCAAAUGCAAUGCAAAGAGUACAAGCUGAAGCCAGAAGGAUUGCCGGUGACAAGUUGAGCAUAACCGAGGACGACCUGGGCCAAAUGCGCUACUUGAAGGCCGUGAUCAAGGAAACACUCCGCCUGCAUCCUCCCAUCCCUCUAUUAAUCCCCCGAGAGUCGACCCAAGACACCAAAGUGAAGGGCUAUGACGUCGCAGCUGGGACGCGAGUGAUUGUUAACUCUUGGGCCAUCGCGAGAGACCCUUUGCUGUGGGACUCGCCAGAGGAGUUCCGUCCACAGAGGUUCUUGAACUCAUCCAUCGAUUUCAAGGGACAUGAUUUUGAGCUCAUUCCAUUUGGGGCUGGCCGGAGGGGCUGUCCGGGAAUUGCAUUCUCCAUUGCUGUGGAUGAGCUUGUUUUGGCCAAUCUCUUGCACAAGUUCGAUUGGAGAUUGCCUGAUGGUGUGGAGGAGCUGGACAUGACCGAGUCCACUGGGCUAACCAUUCACAGGAAGUUCCCUCUCAUUGCUUCUGCUGCUCUAGCCACUCGAUAAUGCUACCGAAGGUUUUUACUUAUUUUUGCAUCUAAGUAAGGAUGAUUUCCUCACAUAGACAUAUAUAAUUUGCCUAGUAGGCAAUGUUGUUAGACAGAUCUGGCGGAUGAAGUUACUUCUUCCCGUUUUCCAAA